GCCUCCGCCUAUCACUUUUACUAACCAAACCUGUGGUAAGCGUCAAAGGGAUAGAGCCUUCUCUCUCUUCUCUCACAUUCGAGAUAGACGAUUGGAGCAGUAGAUUCCCUAAAGAGGGUUUUAAAGUUUUGCUCCUCAAUGAAUUAUGGGAAUGUGAUUGUUAGUGCACAAGGGAAGCAGCCUCUUGUUUCUUUUGGGGUGAUAUCAGAUGUACAGUAUGCUGAUAUUCCAGAUGGCCGCUCGUUUCUUGGUGUUCCGCGCUAUUACCGACACAGCCUCCUCGUGCUGCAAAGAGCAGUGCGGAGUUGGAACGAGAAGAAGGUGAAAUUUGUUAUUAAUUUUGGGGACAUUAUUGAUGGCUUCUGCCCAAAAGAGCAAUCUUUGAGUGCCACUAAGAAGGUUCUCGAUGAAUUUAGUAACUUCAGUGGCAAUGUAUAUCACAUGAUAGGCAAUCACUGUCUUUACAAUCUCCCUCGCGAAAAGUUGCUUCCUUUGCUGAAUAUUGAUGGACACGCGUAUUAUGAUUUUUCUCCGGUGCCAGAAGUCCGGUUCGUGGUACUUGAUGGGUAUGAUGUCAGUGCCAUAGGCUGGCCCGAUGAUCAUCCGAACAGAAUAAAAGCCAUUGACAUUCUUAGAGAGAAGAAUCCGAACGUAGAUAAGAAUAGCCCCGAGGGACUUGUUGGGCCGCCUAGAAGGUUCGUUCAGUUCAAUGGAGCAGUCGGGGAAGAACAGAUGGAAUGGUUGGAUCGCAUCCUUCAAGAUGCAAUGAAGUUGAACCAGAAAGUUGUGAUAUGCUGCCAUCUGCCUUUGGAGCCUCUUGCAACGUCUUUUGCUGCGUUGCUGUGGAACUAUGAGGAAGUUAUGGAAGUGAUACACCGUUACAAUUGUGUGAAGGUCUGUCUGGCUGGCCAUACUCAUAAAGAUGGAUACUCGAUGGACUCCCAUGGCGUGCACCACCGGGUUCUUGCAGCAGCCUUGGAGUGCCCUCCGGGCACUGAUGCUUUUGGCUCCAUUGAUAUAUUCAACGACAGCUUGUUCGUCUCUGGUACAGAUAGAAUGGGGGAUCAAGAAAUGCUUUUCAAUUGUUAGAUUCACCAUAAAUUUGUUGCAUUUGGCUCGGCUGCAGCAGCGUAGCUAACUAAGGAAGAUGCUGAAAUUUCAAGGUGGACAUUAACAUAACCAAAUUCAUGAUAGGUACUCCACUGGUAAACUAUCAAAUAUUCUUGUUCUUGUUAUUUAAGAUAUCAAAUUCAUUUACUUAUUCCCUGUAUUAGCAAGAAUGAGACUCAUUACUAGUGUAUGCAAUAUCUUCUUUGAUCAUGAAGAAAGUUGGUUGAAUAAUGAGACAUAUCUAGACGUGUUACAGAC